AUGGCUAACGAAUCUGUCACGGAGUCAAGCGCUGGCGACAUCAUAUUGUCCGUUGAUGAGCUUCAAAAUUAUGGUAUUAGUGUCAGCGAUAUUUCUAAACUCAAAACAGCAGGAAUUGCUAGUAUUUCCUCAGUUCUAUCUACCACUCGUCGUAACAUGCUCAAGAUCAAAGGUUUGAGUGAAGUUAAGGUUGAGAAGAUAAAAGAAGCUGGCAAAAAACUAAUGAACGCAGGAUUUGUUUCUGCUUCUAUGCAAGCACAGGUUCGCGAGAAAGUAUUUUCUCUUUCCACAGGAUCUGCAUCACUUGAUGCAGUUCUUGGUGGUGGUAUCAAAACUAUGAGCAUUAGUGAGGUCUUUGGCGAGUUUCGUUGCGGUAAGACUCAGAUGGCACAUACUUUGUGCGUUACAUCUCAGCUCCCUAGAUCCAUGGGCGGCGGUGAAGGCAAAGUAGCAUUCAUCGAUACCGAGGGAACUUUUCGACCAGACCGAAUUCGUAGCAUUGCUGAAAGGUUUGGGGUUGACCCAGAAGUUUGCCUUGAAAACAUUUCUUACGCGCGUGCUCUCAAUUCCGAACAUCAGUGCGAAUUGGUUGAAGAAUUUGCUGUUCAGCUUGCUGAAGGUGGUUACCGUCUCAUUGUGAUUGAUUCAAUCAUGUCGGCAUUCAGAGUUGAUUACAGUGGACGUGGGGAGUUGGGUGAGAGGCAGCAAAAGUUGAAUCAGCAUUUAGCUUAUUUGAAUAGAUUAGCAGAAGAAUAUAAUCUUGCAGUGUUCAUGACUAAUCAAGUUCAAUCAGAUCCUGGGGCUUCUGCUUUGUUUGCAGCUGCUGAUGGUAGGAAGCCGAUUGGUGGCCACGUUCUUGCUCAUGCAUCUGCUACUAGAAUUCUUUUGAGGAAAGGACGAGGUGAAGAAAGGGUCGCCAAAUUGUUGGAUAGUCCAGACAUGCCUGAAGCUGAGUGUAUUUAUGUAAUUGGGAGUGGUGGGAUUUCUGAUUCCACUUCUUGA